UUUAGCCAUUUUUAUUUUCACUAUUCUUCAGCUUUCAGCUUUCAAGCACCAAAGUGAUUCGAUUGUUUGCGUUUGCGAAGAUUUCUAAUCGAAAUAUUGAACUGAUAACUAAUCAUGGCAAAUGAACCAGAUGCUGAACCUCCGAAAGUGGAAAAUUUUGAAGAACUUAUGGAACAGCUGUCGGAAGGCUUGGCGGAGCUCUAUAAAUUUAGAGACUACUUCUUUGACAGUCACCCGAUAGAGAUGGCUGCGGAAAAAACAAAACUAGUUAAAGAACAGAUGAACAUUUUGGAACAAAAAUUCAGUGAAAUUGAUGAAAACGAGAUACCGACUGCGAACCGCGCCCAGUAUUUAUACAUGAAGGGUCGACUGUACAACAUCAUGAACAAGUAUGACCCCCGAGCCACGCACUGCCUGAGCAAGGCUGUGAAGCUGAGCCCUCGUCUGGUCGGCGCUUGGAAUGAGCUGGGAGAGAGCUACUGGAAGAAUAUGAAUAUCAAAGACGCUAAGAGCAGCUUCGAAGGCGCUUUGAAACAUGAGCGCAACACAAUCGCCCUUCGCUGCCUCUCAAUAAUCCUGCGUCAAGAGUCAUCGCACUCCACCCAGUCGCACUGCGAGCGCAAGAAGGCCAUCCAGCAGAGUGUGGACUAUGCCAAGGAGGCCGUGUCUCUCAACACCAGGGACGGGGUCUCCUGGUCUGUGCUCGGCAACUCACAUCUGUGCCAAUACUUCCUCGUGGCUCAGGACCCGGCUAUACUCAAGUCGUGCAUGAGCGCGUACAAGCAGGCCACGUCGGACACCGUGGCGCGCGGGCAGCCGGAUCUGUAUUAUAAUUAUGGAGUGGCCCUAAAGUACGACGAGCGCUACGCCGACGCCCUGGACUGUUUCGACCGCGCGUGCCGCCUGGACCCGCCGUGGGAGGCGCCGGCGAACGAGCGGGCGCGGCUGCGGGCGCUGCUGCAGCAGGCCAGCACGCUGGUGAAGACCAAGGGGAAGCUCAAGGCCAAGAAGCUGCAGGCUAUGGUGCAGUCGAUAGACCAGUUCAGCCUGGAGCAGUACCCGUCAUGCCGCAAGCUCACCUACAGCCGCGUGUCGGACCUGACGGAGGGCAAGAACGCCGGCCGCGUGUUCAUCGGCAAGGUGGUGGGGUCCAUACACACGGAGGGGCGGGUGCCGUUUUCAUUCGCCCUGGUAGACGCGGACAUGGCGUGCUGCGGCGUCUCGGUGUACAACUGGGCGGACGGGCGCGGCGUCAUCAUCGGCGACACGGUCGUCAUCCCCGCGCCCACUCUGCGCGUGCACCAGAUACCCGACACUGAAGAGACCUACAAGUCCAUCCGCGUUGACAACCCCAUGGAACUGCUCGUGAACGGCAAGAAGAUAGGCCGCGAGCAGUGCGCGGGCGCGCGAGUGACCAGCACCUACGAGAUACACUGAUGGUCGAGGCCGUUUGUACACCUCGUCAUGUAAGUUGAACGUUGCCGAAACACUCACGGGGAAUGGGAAAGUUCGACUUACAGAAUGCUGACACGAAAUGGCCCUAG